CUCUUGAAAUUGCAUUGAAACCAAUAUUUGACAAACUUAAAGCAGAAGUACAACUAUCAAGCUGAGUUUCAGAGGUAUCCUGUAAACAUCUGCCAAGUGUCAAGGCAUCCUGAGGAAGAUGUUCAUUCUCAUCCCUCUGCUGCUUUUUCUUUCUUCUGUGUGUGGGGAUCUGUUAAAUUUUAAAUUUUACACUGAUUCUAACAUGACAACUUGGACAAAAGCACAGACCUUCUGCAGGAAGUACCACACUGACCUGAUCACAAUCAGAAAUGAACAAGAGAACACAUUUUUCAAUGGCCGAGGGUGGAUUGGAUUAUAUCAAGCUAAUACAAAUACAUGGAAAUGGUCCAGAGGAGAUGAGAUGGCUAGCUUCACCAAGUGGGAUAGUUAUAAGGCAAGUCAAAAUGGAGACUGUGUAUUUAAGCAAGAUGGCGUAUGGCGGACUGAUCCUUGUGAUUCCAAUCAUUCUUUCAUGUGCUAUGAUGAGAAACUGGUUUUGGUGAAGGAGAAUAAGACGUGGGAGGAGGCAUUAGACCACUGCAGGUCUCUGGGUGCAGUGGACACAAAUGAUCCCAACUCUCCCUACAGGAACCAUCACUAUGACCUGGCCACAUUGAUCACUACUGGUGACCACACCUACGCACGGGAGAGAGCACAACAAGCUACCACUGAUGAAGUGUGGACAGGCCUGUAUAACCUGGCUGGUGAGUGGCUGUGGGUGGGGGGAGAACAGAUGCAAUAUGAAAAUAUUCCAAGCUGCCCGACUAACGGCUUCUGUGGCGUCCUCGAGAAGAGUGGUACUGCAUCCUAUGGCAUAAGAAACUGUCAGCGGAGAAGGAACUUCUUCUGUUACAUAAAGCCGUAAAGCCACUUACUCAAGUUCUGUACUUUAGUAUAAUUUUGAUUUCCUUAUUGAUGACUCUUAGUUUUGACUGCUCAAAAGUUUGUACUCCAACCCCGUUAACAUUUUCACUGAAAAUUCAUACUUUCAUUAGUCAUAUGUGAAAAUAAAAAAUCAUGACACUGACAAACUUAGAAACAAGUAUCUUUACAUACAAUUAUAAUUUUGUUUGUUAAACUUUACUUUAUCAGAGAAUUGGCAUUGGCAUGUAUUCCCUCUUGCUCCCUGCAGUGCCCUCUACAAAUUCUAAAUUUCAGCAGCAGUGGAAGAGUUAUCAGGUGGUACAUGGGUUUAAUACUUUAAAAAAAAUUGUCCAAUAAUUUACUCAAAAAAUGACCAAAAACACUUCAUGUAAAUUCCUUCAUUAUUUUUUCUUUGAUUCUUUUACAUCUUCUGCUUGUGGCAGUUUUGAUCAUUAAAGGCCACUGGUCUGAUGUCACACCCCAUGCUGUAUGACAGGUGUAGCCAGUGAUUGACAAUGGCCAAUUAAUUUCAUCGAAAUUCUCUAAGUAGUUCAAAUCACUGGUCAAAACAUCCCUCUGUGUUCCAUGAGACUGCAGAGAAGCAUUUUUGCAUGCACUGCAGUAAAAUAUUUGACCACCUUCAGAAAUCUGCCAAAUAUUACCUUUUACUGGGACUCCGACAUCAACUUUCAGUCAAAGAACAUUUGAAAAAGCCUUUAAAUGAAACUCCAAUGACCAAAGUUAAAAAAAAAAGAUGGUCUUAGAUUGUUUUGUUCUGCAUCUAUUUUGAUACUUGGUCAUAUUAGUGAAUGGUAUAUAAACAUAAGCUAAUAUACAUAAGUAUGUUUGCUAAGCUAUCCAGUUUGUUCAGCUUAAGCUAGCACACACAAACUAUAAUGCAAUGAAAUUGGGGCAGUAAUGCUACAUAUGUUAAUGUUAACUUAACUACGCACAACAAGUUGCACAACAAGUGUGUUGUCUUUGUUAUGCUGUUGUCAUAUGUUUCCUCAUGUGAGUGUUCUGUUUUGUAACUUGAUAGUCUGAGUUUUUGUAUUGCUGAAUUUCCCUCCCCAGUAGCGGUGGCCAUAUAAAACUUUAUGAAGCAUUGAAACUUGUAUCAAAAAAGCACUCAUUAUUCCAGGCUUUUCAACACAGUCCUCUUUGGUGCCAUCUGGUGGCCAAUAAUAUGAAGCGCACUGACAACUUGAAAUAACUUGCUUCAUUGUUAUUGCCCACUAUACAGAGCUGAAUUGACAGCUUCUGCCUAAUUUCAUCAUAUCGGGCUAACGUUGUGGUGCUUUG